AUGGCUGCCUUCACCAAACUUCUCCCUCUCAUUGCGAUCGUGCUCUGUCAGAGCCUUUCGGGAGUUCUCUCCACGCCAGUUCCUGGUGCCGCCAAACGGGCACAGGAAUGUGAGUCGAUCGAAGUUCGAAGAGAAUGGCGUGAUUUGACAGUGGAAGAGCGAUUGGACUAUCUUCGUGCCGUGAAGUGCUUGCAAUCGACGCCUGCCACCAACACUACCCCACGUGAAGGCAUCGUGUCGAGAUACGAUCAGUUCCAAGCGGCCCAUUUCGACCUUGCCAUGCAGGUGCACGCUGUCGGCCACUUCUUGCCAUGGCACCGUCACUUCGUCACCCUGUACCACAACGCUUUGAAGGAAGACUGUGGGUAUAAGGGACCGGCAACGUUCAAGGACUCGCCCGUUUUCGACGAUGUUACCGGUUUCGGUGGAAACGGUGUACCAGGUACCGCCAAACCCGUCGCCCCACCUCCCAACCCAGGCAUGCCAUCCCUUCCCGGCCUCCCCGGCGGCCCCACCGCCCCCGAAGGCUGCGUCCAAACCGGGCCCUUCAAAGACCACAUCGUCAAUUUCGGACCUGGCGUGACGACCAAGACCCCUGGAUGCCUCAUUCGAGGUAUCUUUGAGGACGUCAGAAACAAUGUGAACAGCACCAGCCUCGCUGUCCAACUCUCCCAGAAGAACUUUGAGGAUUUCCGUAACUUUAUUGAGAUCCAGGGUCCCCCGCUUGCGGUUGGUGCUGGUCUGCACUGGGCAGGACAUGCUAUCGUCGGUGGAAUGAUGAUGGACGGGUACGCUGCUCCUGGUGACCCUCUAUUCUACCUGCACCACGGGAACCUCGACCGCGUCUGGUGGAAGUGGCAGAUGAUGGAUCCCGAGAACCGCCUCUACCAGAUUUCUGGCCCUGCCACGAUCUUCCCACCCAGGAGGAACGUGACGCUCGACUUCCAACUCCCAUUCGCUACGAUUGCGGAGCCGCUCGCCGUUAGGGAGGUUAUGGACUCGAGAGCCUACCCCGGCUGCUUCACCUACGCCGAUUAG